AGAAAACUAAGGAUGAGUUACUAAUCAUGGUGAUUUACUUUCGAAUGUACUAACGUUUUUAAUCUGUGAUUAUGAAAUUUUCUCUUCCAACAACCAUAUUACGCGCUCUAAAUCACCCUCAAUAUAUAUAAGCCUCCUUCUAUUAGGGUUUCAAACAUCCCCAAUUCGUCUCCUUCCCUGCUCUUUCCUCUCUCCACUUUUUCGUUGAUUUUGGGUGGUUCAGUUCUCUCUCUGUUGGGUAUCAAGAUUUUUGGAUUUUUCUUGCAAUUUAAGGUUUUGAGCUCUUAAAACCCAUUGUGUUCUGGGGGGUCACUUGGGAAAAUUUGAUCUUUUUGCUGAAAAUCUCUUUAUUCACGGCGAUUCUUGGUUCAAUUGUGUUUGUUCUAUUUCUGGGUUUUGGAGGGUUUGGUUCCAAAUUUCCAUUAAAGGGUUCGUUUCUUUGGUGGAAAGUUUGGAACCCAUUUGUGUUCUAGGGUUGUCAAUAGUCCCAAGCUUGAACUUUUGUCAUUACCUCUUGAUUUUUAACAAUUUUAGAAUCCAGUUGGGUUGUCUAUGUCCGGGUGUUGGGUUGCUUGAUUCCAGUUGUCAUUUGAAGGGUUUUUUUUUGGGUUGUCAGUUUGGAUAAACUUGAGUUCUUGGGGAUUGAGCUUUACGUUCCUAUUCCCAUUUGAAGGUUUUUUAAUCUUAUCUAAAUCCAUUUGUAUUCAAGGGGUUUUUUCUUCAGUUGGGGUAGUAUUAAAUCCUUGUCACUAAUCUCUUCAGAAUUCUUUAUUCUGAUUCCAAGUAAUUGAUUCUGCUUCUGGGUUUUUGUGUUGGUUCCAAUUUCCAGUUGAGAAAUUUUCUUGAGGUAAUUGUUGAUGUAAGUUGAGACAUGCCAGCAACAGAUUAUCAAGGAGUCUCAGCAUCUUUCACUAAUUUUGGCCGUUCAAUUCUAAGUAUACGUCGUGAUCAAGUUCAUUCAAUGGACUCAUCAAAUCAUGGGGCCACAAGCCAAGAACUCGAGCUUGAAGCCUUCCAGAGACAGGUAGCUGAAAGGUUUCGUGAUUUGUCUUCUGUCGACUCCAAUGAGCUUCUCUCAGUUUCAUGGAUUCGCAAACUUCUUGAUGUAUACCUCUGUUGCCAAGAAGAAUUCAGGGUCAUAAUGUUUAACAACAGAGGGAACUUCAAUAGAGCCCCGUCAGAUCGAUACAUAUUGGAGUUCUUUGAGAGGAGUGUGAAAGCUUUAGAUGUUUGUAAUGCAAUUCGAGAUGGGAUUGAGCAGAUCAGACAAUGGCAAAAGCAGUUGGAGAUUGUGUUGUGUGCAUUGGACAAUCAGAGGAGCCUUGGAGAAGGCCAAUUUCGUCGUGCCAAGAAGGCAUUGAUUGAUUUAGCAAUUGGAAUGCUUGAUGAGAAAGAUUCCAACACAACUCUUGCUCAGAGAAAUCGGUCAUUUGGGCGUAGUAAUGUGAACAAGGACCACAAGUCAUUGGGGCAUUUUCGAUCAUUGUCGUGGAGUGUAUCAAGGUCUUGGUCGGCUGCUAAGCAGCUCCAAGCAAUUGGGAUAAAUUUGGUUGCUCCGAAAGCCAAUGAAAUUAUGGCCACCAAUGGACUUGUUGUAGCUGUUUUUACAAUGAGCUAUGUGCUCUUCUUCGUAAUGUGGGCUUUAGUGGCCGCGAUACCCUGUCAGGACCGUGGCCUCCAGACCCAUUUUUAUGUGACUAGGCAGUUCAUUUGGGCCGUUCCUAUUCUCUCACUCCAUGAGAGGAUUUUGGAGGAAUCAAAGAAGAGAGAUCGGAGAAAUGCUUGUGGAUUAUUGAAGGAGAUUCGUGAGAUUGAAAAAUGUGCGUGCCAGAUGAAUGAAUUGACUGAUUCUGUUCAGUUCCCCUUGACAGAGGAUAAGGAGGUAGAAGUCAAGCAGAGAGUGAAGGAGCUUGGACUGGUUUAUGAAGCUGUAAAGGAUGGCUUAGACCCAUUGGAGUGCCAAGUGAGGGAAGUGUUCCAUAGGAUUGUGCGCAGUAGGACCGAGGGUCUUGACUCUAUGGGAAGAGCAAACACUCACCAGUAAUACGUUUGUGUUGGUCGAUUCCUGGUUGGCAGUGAAUCUAGAACUUGCAAAUACGUUCGGGAUUUUGGGUUCCUUAAAAUAAAAUGUUUAAGGAGGUAAAUACUUUUGUUGAUCUCAUUGUGUUGUGUAAAGAAAUUAGGAUAUGGAUUGGACCUUUGCGGUACAUGAUGCUGUUUUCCUGUUUGUGUUGUCGCCCUAUAAUCAAAUUUCAGAGUACAAUUGCUACGUGCUGUACCUGUUUUUGUUUCAUGAUUAUGGUUAUAUUAAUAUUACUUUUUUUUUCUGCUAUGUUCGAUAGAAAACUUCCUAUGGUUUUGUGUGAGCAAUUACAUUAGUGUUUUUUUGGGUUUGUUG